UUUAUUAGAACUUAAGAGCAUUUUCAAAAUGGCAAUAUAAUAUAAGGCGUGCACUAGCAGCGGGGUCGUCAGGACUGAUUUGCAGGAUUUACGUGUUUUUUUUUUGGCCUGGCGGACCUCCACGGGAAAAUGUUACCAGCGGAAACAAUGGUACUGCUGAUGGAAGCCAGUCUAUUGUACAGUGUUUGUGAAACUAUAGCAACAGGCUUCAGAGGCGGGGCCAAGGACAACUCCGAUCGAGAAACAAGUUCAUUUCACGACACAGGGAAAUCUAACAGAUAUGGAUUUAAAAAAAAUAUCAGUCACUUCAAGACGAGAGUCGAUAUCUCCGAGGAAAACGGGUGGUAAUGGGAAACCGGCCGUCAUUUGUUCUCGUCCGGACGAAGUUCCUGCAUUGAAUCUACAUGAACUGUUUGAGGAUGAGGAUGUCACAUAUAAUCCCGCAUGUCACAUCAGUCCUCCCGACUCCUCGUCUGCCCUGAGCUGGAGUCCUCCCGCCUCCAUUCCACGUUACCAAUCCAGCCCAUGGGGUGAAGAGAUGAUGGUGCCCAGUGAUCUCCCCCCACCCUCUGAGAGAUACAGGAUGCGCUAUGAGCGGCAUGAAGCGGAACUGAAGGAGAGCUGGAAGCCUGACUCCCAGAGGGAGAUCAGCAGGCGGGGAACGGCAACCGCUGAACCACCAUGGGGGCUGGCUGUCUGCGCAGACGAUCGUGGUGUGGAGGAAGAAGAGGCUCUUGGGCAGCAGUGCUACUUCACCAUGCAGCCGAGCAUGAGGAAGAUGGAGGAGGAGGAUGUUGCCAUGGAAAAGAGAACGCAAGCUGUGGUGGAGCAGGUCAUGGUGGACCAGCUCUCCCGGGCCGUCAUAAGUGACCCUGAUCAGAACUCAUCUGCUCUGGAGCGAAUCCCGUCUGCUGCAUUUGGAUAUGUGCCUUUGCGAUUCAAGAAAAGAACACUGCAUGAGACAAAAGUGAAAACCAGCUCGACGAUGACGGAGCAUUUACUGUCCAACAAGCUGCGUUUCGUUGCUCGUCUGCUUUCAAGGAACGGCCGUGACGCUAGCAGAGAGCUGGUUGGAUUUUUCUUCACUUAUGACGAUACGUUGACCAUAUAUGAGUACCGCCACUUUGGAAAAAACAGGACCAACGCGCUUCCGUUCAUUCCCAAGGGGAGCUACCGGCAUCAGUGUGGCAGGAGGAAGGGCAGUCCGUACAGCAUCCAUGACAUCUGCGUGGGGGCCAGCUUGCUGUUCUCCACAAGCGGACAGAACCUGCCAGAGUGUGUGAGGCAGAGACCUUGGCUGUGGGUCCGAAUCACUGACGUGGACGAGCUGACUAAGAACAAGCUGCUGUGCUCAGUUGGAGACGGUAAGCAGGACGAACUUGAAGACAGGAACACCCUGAAAGUCAUUCAAGGGAGGGUGCGGGAGAAGCUGAAGGAGAGAGGUAUUCGCACCCUCGUGAGUCUGGGGCAGCACCUCCAGAUGAAAGAGAGAAACGGCGACGGGUUGCUGACAAGGGAUGAGGCCUGGAGGGUUCUAGAGGAAUACCGGCUCAGCUUGUCUGACAAGGAGCUCGAUGAUAUCUGGCGUAUCCUGGAUGAAGAUGGUGAUGGUUGUGUGGAUUGCAGUGAGUUCAUUCGAGGUGUCAUUGGAGAAAUGAAUGAGUUCCGGAAAUCUUUUGUCCGAAAGGCUUACAUGAAGCUUGAUCCCACCAAGUCUGGCCACGUACUCAUGACUGAUAUUGAGAAGUUCUACUGUACUAAAGGUCACCCAAAGGUCAUCUCAGGGGAGGCCACAGAGGAGGAGCUGCAUGCUGGCUUCAUGGAGACCCUGCAGUGUGCUUGCACUGACCUGAAGACGCUCUCGUACGGCACGUUUGAGGACUACUACGAGGGCCUGAGCAUCAAGAUAGCUGACGACCUGGACUUUGCCAGUGUUUUGAAGAGCUCAUGGGGCAUUUGAGCUCUGUGUGCUGUCACUGUGAGAGCUUCUCUGAAUAACUGACAGGCUGCAUCCCAGGGACAAUGAUAGUGAACACAUGGGACAAUAAAUGAAUUCAAAUUAUUACUAAGCCAUACAGAAUGCAAACAUGUGGCCAUUCAUGAAACUGAAGAUCUAGACAAGCAGUUUAAGAAUAAGGAGCAAGAUAUUUUUGUUAAAGAAUAGCCAUAAAUGAUAGUUUUUCGAUUCUUUCUGUCUGUAGCCAGAAUAAAAUUAAAUCUUUAAUAAAAAAAAAAAAGUUAGUCUCACAAAGAUGUUUUCAAUAUUGCCAGCAGAUGGAGCCAAAACCAAAAUAUUUUCACCAUCAUC